AUGAGGUUAUUACUGCCCUCCAUCCUGCUUGUUGUCUUUCUUUGGACUGCAAACGCGAAAACUUUAAUCUCAGAAGCAUAUUUUAUCGAGGUAUCUAACUGUAAUCAAGUGGAAAAUAUUGAUGCUGUUCUUGGCCUUGAUUCUAUAGAUAAUAUAAACAAACCCUGUGCUAAAAUCACGGCACAGAAAAUGCAAAUCCAUAAUCCAGGAUUGCAGCUAUGGCGUUAUAAGGAUAGCCGCUUUUUUUCUCUUGCUUGUGGACCCAAAUCUUAUGUGAUUAGUCCAAAAAAAGCUGAUGUUGAUGAGAAUGGAGUUUUUAUCCUUGACUCUGCCAAGCCUAUCAUUGCGGUUGGUAUUUAUGAGUAUAUUCAAAAUUGCAAAUAUCAGAAAUUUAUUUAUGACAAUGAGAAAAAGUCAAUAUUCAAUCCAUCCUACCAAAAAUUCUUAACGCUUCCAUCCUUUAAAGACAAGGACAAUAUUGUAAGAAUGCAGUGCUCAAGCGAUAUCGAAUUUACACUCAGGCCUUACGCUGACCUAGUUUUCUUUAUCUACAAUCCGAUUACUGAAGUUGUCUUGAGAGCCGGGACUUCAGAUAAGCGUAUUUAUGCAGAGAAGGUUGCUAAAAACUUUGAUAAGCUGAUCAACUGUCUUCAGGUGCUUUGGUAUUCCGACAAAUCUUCUCCAAAUGUUUUCCGAUCUGCAGUUACUGGUGAUGUUUUAAAUGUCCGAGAAAAAGUUACAAAAGACAAGAAAGCAGACGAUGAUUUAAAUUAUGACUCCGAUGAUUCCUCUGAAAAUGAAGCUCUAGUUGUUCUCGAUCCAUUCUCAUCCGCAAAAGUCGAGUCUUUUGGGCUUUUUUGGGAUAAAACACAAUUUGGUAGCACUUGCUAUGGUAUCAUAAGUCCAGAAUCCAACACAUGCGACCCGGUGAAGGCCACGAGUGCUGUUAAAAAUAAGAAGCUUAAGACUUGGAUUAAAGUUCCCUUGUCAGAUGUCGUAAAAAACCGCGAAUCUAUUCGUCAAUGGAUUGCUAUCCUCAAGAAAAACGCUAAUGAUGAGAUUAAUGAUAGCACGUGUAAUUCUAUUGACUUUGAAAAUUUCAAAUCUCCUAACACUUGCCAAAUCACUGCCAAGGACUUGGAAAAUGCAAUUAAUCCAAACAAGAAACAAGACUCAAAGGAGUCUAACGUUACUGUUAAUGGAAAACCUAUUAAAGGCGGGCGCUAUAAAGGGGAAUAUAUUAUCACGGGUAAGGAAUAUGGUGGGAUAGACUGCUAA